CUAGACGAAUGUUAUUCGUUCGAGCACGUUAACCAAUGCCAGUCACUCGUGAAACGUGAAACUGGGCGAAAGUUGUAGACCUCUUAUAGUGUCCGAAUAGUAACUUGUUCUAAAAAAGAGAGAGAGAGAGAGAGAGAGAGAGAGAGAGAGAGAGAGAGAGAGAGAAGAGUAGAUUCGUUAAUAAGAAAAUUUGAUGAAGGAAGGACAACUCAGUUCGAUCGUGUCUUACGAGUGAUCGAGAUCGAUCUUAAAACCUAGUGUCUAUCACGGUGUCCUUGUACGAAUACCGGUGUACUUAAUACGAACAAUAAGAGUUUCAUCUCGUUUUGGCAUGAUUCUGGAGAGGUGUAAUAAUAAUAGACAAUCCGUUCUCGUUUUACAUCAAGUUCGAGCAUCAUCGUCUACCUGGUUUAGUUUCUACUCUGUGUUUUACAAGGGAUGUUCGAAAGAACGACUUGAGGAGUCAGUUAGCGGAAGAGGAGAGAAUAUGUCGUCAAGAGGAAGAAAAUAUUGGUCCACCUCAUCAUCGUCAUCAUUAUCAUCAUCAUCAUCGUCGUCUGCGUCAUCGUCAUCGUCAUCGUCAUCGUCAUCGUCGUCGUCGUCGUCGUCGUCAUCGUUAUCGUCAGCGUUAUCGUGGAUCAUUUUAUUGUCGGUUCUCUUUGUUAGACUCGACCACGUGGCAGGUAGGAGAUGUCAAUUUUAUCCAAUCGGAGAAUAUUUGAAAUUCGUAAGAGUACCAGAAAAUCUUCGGGAGGGAUCAGAGAUAUUAUCUUUGGAAGCACAUCCUAGAAAUCGUCUUACUAUUAUUCCAGUGGACAAGGAAGAGGACAGUCGUUUCUUUUCUUACAAAGACGUGAAUGGAACUCACGUUUCAGUGACGUUGGCACACUCAUUGGAGGAUCUGGUCGAUGCGGAAUCACCUAGAAAUCUGUUAAAGUUCCGGGUCAUCUGUGAUUAUACCGAUGGCAGAGACACCUUGGUCUCAUCGCAUUUAUCAGUCACCGUAUACGUCGAGGAUAUUAAUGAUCAUGCUCCAGAAUUUAUCGAUGCUCCUUAUCAUGUGACAGUGGAUGAGCUUACAUCGACCGGUGUUACAAUAUUCCGUGGGAUUCAUGCAGUCGACGGGGACAAACCAAAUACACCGAACAGUGAUAUUCAUUAUGCUAUAGUUAAAGGAAACGAACAGGGAAAAUUUUCCCUUGAAUCCGGACAUAGAACAGCUUUGAUAUUACGUAAACCAUUGGAUUACGAUAAUGGCGAUCGCGAGUACACCCUCGUUAUCACAGCUACUGAUCGUGGUGUACCUGCGAAGAGUAAUAAAACAACAGUUAGGAUAACCGUACUGGAUAACGAUGAUCUCGAUCCAAAAUUUACUCAGGACGUGUACAAAACGAAAAUAUACGAGUAUUAUCCAAUGCCGGAUCGGCCAAUUUUCACGGAAAUAAACUUCACGACGCCGAUUCACGCGAUAGAUCGUGAUCACGAAAUAAACGUCUCCAUACGAUAUGACAUAAUAUCAGGAAACGAAGGUGGUUACUUUCAUUUGGAUCCAAGGAAUGGCACGCUUUAUCUGAAACGUCCAAUCGAUCUUGAAAACGAACGUAAUCUACCCGACAAUACAUUCUCUUUACAAAUUCAUGCAACCCAAAUUGACAAUCCAUUGAAGAUGGCUGUGGCUAGGGUUGAAAUAGAAAUAUUGGAUUUGAACGAUAAUCUACCGGAAUUCGAAGUAGAUCUUUACAACAUCAGCAUUGUUGAAAAUUUACCGAACGGAUUCAGCGUAUUACAGGUCAUAGCGCAUGACAAGGAUCAAGGAUUAAACGGUGAAUUUGAUUUUCGUUUGGACGAUCCAUCAGGAGCAUUCUCGAUCGAUCCUAAAACUGGUUGGUUGACGGUAAAGGAUCAAAAUGUAUUGGAUCGAGAGAGAAGGGAUCGAUUAAGAAUGAAAGUAUACGCAAUGGAGAGAAAACCAAGCGUUGUUUUAUUCAACGGAGAAAGGUCUAACGGUUCAUCGGUAGACAUUCAUGUUAGUUUGUUAGAUGCUAACGACAAUAAUCCAAUAUUCGUGCCAUCGAAUCUUUACGAAUUAGUUGGAAGGGCCAAUGCUAAAAUUGGUACCGUAUUAGGACAAGUACAUGCGGUCGACGAUGAUUUAGGAACAAAUGGUCUCGUCAAAUAUACUUUACAAAAGCCAGGAAAUUCUAGUAAACGCGUGCCACCAUUUAUCGUGGACGAGAAUACUGGAGUUAUUACAGUCGCGGAAACCCCGAUCAUCGAAGGAAGACACGCGAUCUUCGUCGAGGCGGCGGAUCAACCAGCGAAUCCAAGUGAAAGGCGAUUCUCAUUGGCGGUCGUUACAGUGGAUGUUUUCCGUCCUGACGGACCGGAUACUUGGGAACCAGAUUUUGUUGGAGCACCGUACGAGUUUUGGGUUGGUGCCAAUGUGCCCGUUGGUACCAGCGUUGGCCAAAUUCGUAUAAACGAUGCCAUUAAGACGAGCGAUCUUAUAUACGAUCUACUUCAUAGUUAUCAAGAAGGAGUACCGUUCGCUGUAGAGGAACGAUCAGGAACGAUAACGGUCGUGGAUGAAAUCGAACGAUACGAACGUUCGACUUAUGAGUUCGAAGGUGUUGUUACGGACGAAAGGGAUAUCACUCUAAUCACAAACGUAUCGAUUCAUGUUGUCGAUCCUAAUGACGAGAGGGGCGCUUUAACAAAGGGAGCGACCAUGGCGCCUAUCGUUUUUCACGUGAAAGAAAAUGUCCCGGGCACGUACAUAGGAUCCGUUUUAUCAGAUAAUGGUACAGCUUCGACGUCCUCCACUACAAGUUUUCUUAUCGUCAAUCAACAGGACGUGCCUGACAUAAGUAUCACGAAGGAUGGUGAUCUUUACGCACCAAAUGGACUUGAUCGAGAGACACGACAGAAUUAUAGUAUCACUGUGAUAGUCGAAGGUUCUAAAGGACUUCGUGUCGUUCAAAUAAGAGUAAUAGUCGACGAUGAGAAUGACCAUCCGCCAGUUUUUACCUCGUCUUAUUACGAAGGACGAAUACUUGAAAACAGUCCGUACGGAACGGAAGUUGUCAUGGUCAAUCCCAUUGGUGCUUCUGACAAAGACGAGGGUAUUAACCAAGAGUUUAUUUACAGUUUGACCGGUGAAGGUUGUUCCCUAUUCAAAAUCGAUCCUAGAAAUGCUCGAGUGUUCUUCGAGGGUAGCAAAGGGGAGAGUUUGAAUCGAGAGGAAAGAGCAAUCUAUGAUCUUGAAGUAGUCGCCGAGGAUGGGGGGGGUUUGAGAUCAACGGCACGUUUGAAAAUCAUCGUCGAGGACACGAACGACAAUUCACCGAAAUUCAUUCGCAUGAUCGUUCUACCCGAUCAAGGCGUUAAAGUAUCGAAUCAACCGGAUGAGGAAUCAAACGCAAAUACUAAUCAAAUGAUAGAUUCAACGACUAUCAAUGGAAGAAACGAUACGAAACGAUCGAACGAACGGAAAUCACCAUUACUUUUGGUACCGGAAAAUGUGACGAUUGGCACGCCUAUUAUACGAUUGUUAGCAGAGGACAAAGACGAAGGAAUUAAUUCUGAGAUAAGUUAUAAUAUACAAAAUGAGACGAUAUCUGGAGUUAACUCAAGUAUCAUUGGACAAUCGAAACAGGAUUCGAACGGUCGAAGAUAUUUUUUGUUGGAUUCAAGAACUGCAGAAAUUUCUAUAGCUCGUUCCCUUCCACCGGAAAGGAACGUACGUUUAAUAGUUUUUGCCAAAGACGGUGGUGGCCUUACCGAUAACAUAACUAUAAGAAUACACGUCGUAGAUGUGAACGAUCAUCCACCUGUAUUUGAUCAAUCCUGGUAUACCUUUGAUCUUGCCGAAGGUAUUUACAUGGCUCAUACUAUUGGUACAGUUCGUGCUAUAGACAAUGAUUUUGGUGUCAAUGCUAAUGUCAAUUAUGAGAUAAUAUCUGGAGCGAUGGACGAAUCGAAUGAAAAUGAUGAUAAUUCAACGUGGAUAUUUGACGUUGGACCGCGAGACGGUGUAUUAAGGAUAAAUGGAAAACUCGAUAGAGAAAAGAAACCAGUACAUCGUUUGGUAUUAUUAGCUCAUGACGAUGGUUCACCUGUUCUUAGUUCGACCGUUGAAAUUGAAGUGAACGUUUUGGACGUGAACGAUAACGCCCCGAAUUUUUAUAAUUACGACGAACUUGAGAAUGACGAUCGUGGCAUACCAAUACCGGUUUAUCGUACGUCAAUAUUUGAAAACAGUCCUAUCGGUACUUUAGUGACGAGGAUACAUGCGAACGAUAGCGACUUUGCAGGAAAUGGAAAUGGAUUGAUAUUAUUCAAUUUGGUUAAUUCAAGCCACGAAGAGAAGCAAUAUUUCACGAUAGAUAGUAAAGAGGGUUCCAUAACAACUAUCUCAAAUCUCGAUUAUGAGAAAAUAAAGAAUCAUCGAUUAAUAAUUACCGCGAGUGAUUUAGGUUCUCCUAUUAGCAUGACAUCAACCGCUGUUGUAACCGUAGAAAUUAUUAACAUAGACGACGGUGAUGAUAAUGAAGAGAACGACAAUGUCGAUGACGAUAACGAUGAUGAGGUAAAAGAAAAGGACGAUCAGGAUGAAUCGUUUAAUGAAGUUCAAAAGAUCCCAACGUUCAGGCAUCGAUAUUAUGAGGUCGAGGUCGAAGAAAAUACAGUCCCACCAAUUUGGAUCGCCGAAUUGGAUUUAGCUGAUGGUUAUCAAAGCGAUCAUAUACGGUACAGCAUCGUUGCAGAUGGCACCGAUGCCAGAGAUCACUUUUCCAUCGACUCGAGGAAUGGCUCGUUGUAUCUGAUUACAAACGUCGACAGGGAAAUGAGAGAUCGGUAUGAGGCUAAGGUCAGGGUCGAUAGGGUAAAGCUCGGCCGUGGGAUGCCCGUGAUGAUCUAUCCGGUUGUUGGUGAGAGGCUCAAUGGUCUCGCGCCCAACGAGGCCAGGGUCGUCGUCAGGAUCAAGGACACCAACGACAAUGCGCCGAGAUUUAAGUCAAAGGGAAGACCCAUCCUAGCUGCUAUACCUACAACUGCCCACUACGGUUACGAGGUCAUUAAAGUAGAGGCGGAUGAUCCGGAUGACGGUAUAAACGGUGAGAUUCGUUAUCAAAUUCUUGGACGAGAGGACGCACCGAGAUUCGCCAUUGACCCAUUGAGCGGUCAAGUUCGUUCUGUGGCCAGUUUUACUCGCGACGCCGGUCGCGUCUUUGGCUUCGACGUCAAGGCCACGGAUAGACGGGGCUCCGAGAAUGGACGCAGCGGCAUUGCCAAUGUUUUUGUAUACGUACUUGACGAUCAAAAACAAGUUGUCAUGGUCGUUGGACAAAAACCAAUUGAUAUCGAACCGCAUUUGGAUAAUUUCACUGCGGUUCUGCACAAUAUAACCGGCCUCGAUGUACGUGUCAGGAAGCUUGAGCCGCAUAUUGAAAAGAACCUGAUCGACGCCACUUCUACUGACGUUUAUCUCUAUGCUAUCGAUCCACAUUUGAACGUAAUGAUCGACAUGGAUACAUUGCACAACGUUUUUCACAAUAAAAAGAUGGAUAUAAAGCGUGAACUGGACGAGUAUCACGUACUCGAGAUAGCUGGUAAUGCACCAAGGAGGAAUCAUCGUUACAUGCUCUCUACACUCGAAGUUGGUGUGGUUGUACUUGGAUGUGUCGUCUUUGUUGGUGCCCUAAUAACAGCAAUCUGUGUCACCUGCGUUCGUAGAAACAAACGCCGUAGACGCCGCGAGAAGGCGAUGUUCUCCAGCGGUGGCCCACUUGGCUUUGCUUUGGCAGACUCUACAUUGCAGAAACCACCAUUAUUUCCAACCUUCGUCGAUGGCCUUCGUUACGAUCCAGAACCCUUUUGUAGAGAUAUGACAAGGCGACAGAGUAUCUGCGAUCAUGGACCUGGCUGCGUACGCUUUCACACGAUGGGCGGAAGUAAUGGGAAACAUGGGGUGAGGACGACAGGUAAUACGAAAGGACUCGAGGCAUCCGCAACGUCCUUGCAUUCCAGUGGUCAGGAUUCAGGAAUCGUAGCACGAGCCUCCUGUCACUGCAGUCACUCCUCGAGUCCUUCGAGCGGUGAAAGUAGCAAUGGUUACGAGGAUUCAUUGAAAUCAUUGCAACGCCGUGAAAGAAGUAACGACCUGUCGCGCGGUAGUCACGAUACAUCAAGCGUCGUUGGUAGAAGAGCUAAUCAAGCGUUAACGAGAAGACGACAACGUUUCAAUUCCUUUACCAAUCUCGAAUCCAUGUAUUCGCACGAGAUGACAUUGCAAAGGGAUCAACGUUGUUGCGUUACCGAGAAGAGACGAAAAAAUGCCGAUGGACGUGGACACGAGCAUAGAAGGGCACACUCCGAGGCUGAAAACAAUAUCACCGAAACUGUUAUCCAUGAGCAUCCUGGUAUGGAAUUACCAUUGGCUAGUUCUUUACCAAACGCUUCGAGUUUGCACAGUGCAACGAGAACGAGCCAUAUGUUGUAUUAGAAGUCUCUGCGGUAUUUCACGACGAUUAGACGAACCUAUGAGGAAGAGGAAGAGGAAGAGGGGAGAAAUAACGGUCGUUGAAGAAUACGAUCACGUUCUUCCUUAUAUCUCUCUCUCUCUCUUUCUCUCUCUCUCUCUCUCUCUCCCUCUUCCUCUUCCACUCUUGUUCACCAACACGCAGAGUUUCUAACUGCAACGGGUCAUAAUGCUAAUUCGAAUGGAAUCUUCACGAGCGAUAUAUGCCGUUAGGCAAUGCAAAUAGUAUUGCCAGUUAAGUGAGAAUAUUUAAACGUGAAAUGGUGUUUAUAUUGUCCGAAACAACGAAAAGAACGAUCCUAAACGUUAGAAUAUCGU